AUGCCGCUGUCCGCCGAGCAGAUUUCGAAGCUGAAGCAGAAUGACACUGAGAUCGAGUUCAAAGAAGAAAAUCCGAGACGUCCAGGAUCAAAGCCACAUGAACGUUACGACACAUACAAGGUCGCCAACACUGUUGGUGAAGCGACUCAGUACGGUGCAAAAUGGGCGGACCUGACAUCGGACUUUCAGAAAGGGUUUUUGACCAUCAAAGACACCCAAAUGGAAGAUCCAACGUCGCUUUUGACGACUCCGAAGGGGGAGGCGCAGCUUGGGACACCGGAUCGGGAUGCAGCGGCACGUUCAAAACGCGUGAACGCUGGGAUUUCUGGGUCUUCUAUGGUUUCGGCGCCAGCGACCGAGGUAACUGUGGAGAAAGUCGAGAUGAGCCCUGCCACAGUUGCCCUACUCAGGCACAUGAUGAGGGACGAGAUCAAACUCGGCAUAUCCGAAAUCCAAGCGUCGAACGCCCAAGCGAUGACUGAGAUGAAGAAGGAGUUGCAACAGGAACGAUAUGCACGCAAGGAGUUGGAGAAACGAGUCACGGCCCUGGAGGAGAAGCUCCAGAACUCCCAACACACGAACACUGAGACCGAGGACAUCGACAAGAAUGUGGCUGUUGUUGGCCUCACUGGAGGGUUUGAUGAAAUGGGGGCUGAUGAAGCAGAGCAGCUUGUCCGAGACGCACUGGAUGAAACUGACGGGUUCCAGGAGGUUUGGUCCUUCAGCGAGAAACCCUCUGUCGUGUUUGCCCGCUUCUCCGACAUCGCGAAGACCAUGAAGUUCCUGAAGACACAGAAGCGCAAUCGUAAGUUCAAGGAGGCAGGUUUGUGGGCUUCUGAGAACCGCACUCCGGAGGAGAGGAAGAGGACGAAACUUGUAAUCAAAAUCAAAAAAAUUGUGAUUGAAUUGCAGGGGGUUGAGUCCAAACACAUCGUGGCGAAUUACAAGACGUUUAAGGUGCAUGUCCGGUCCAACCGGCGCUUGUACCUCGUGGCGAACGUGCCGGAGAACGAGUCGCCGCAGUGGGUGGACGAGGGGUUCGAGGUAGACGACUCGGUCACGGAGGCUGUGAACGAGUUCGCGGACGAGCUGUUCCUGUGA